AUGGCACCCGAAAUGCAAUCGUUCUAUACCCCCUCCACGUCGAACCAUAUCUCCUCCCACGGCACGGCGGCCGUCGACGAGCUCAUCACCAAAUAUUCUUCCUCCAUGUCCUCCACCUCUUCCGGGGCUUCCAGCGCCAGCAGCUUCCCCGCGCGAAAUAAACGUCGGAAUGUCGUGCUGCGGUGUCUCGACCGCGUCCGCCUGGAAUAUUACCGCUACGAGGUCACUUUCGGGCUGUACGUCAUGACCCCCGGCGAGAAACUCGUGGCCAACUCGUUUGUCUUCGUCGUCUUGUCGCUGCUGUUCUGGGCCCUGUUGCUCUACUUCCCGACCUUGCUGUACCAGAAGUUGACCCGCCUCGUCUGGCUGUUGACGGGUCACAGCAGUCAAGAGAUGGGCGCUGCGCUGGGGAUCCUCGACACCCAUGUCACUUCCAUCUCGGCCCUUCACUCUCGGUAA